CAUUCAAUAGACUAAAAUAGAUCCAAAGAUGGAUGGGAUAUUCUAUUGUAAAAUAUGGUAGCCAUAAUAAUCAACAUUCCUGCAUACAGCCACGAUUUUUCAUUUCUGAGUCGUAAAAUAAAACAAAACUUUUGUCAACUUAUAUCCCAAUGGUAUAGAUUAUCAUUUAUCAUCAAAGACUCCAUCAAUCAUAAUGGAAGCUGGAUCUAAAAUACCAUUAUCACAUUCUUUGUGGUCACCUAAUGAUACAGUCAAGGAUGCUGCUGAAUCAUUGGGAAUAAAUUUACCUGAAGAAGCGGCUAAGAAUUUGGCUAUGGAUGUUGAAUAUAGAAUUCAUGAAAUAUUAGAAACUGCCAUAAAGUUUAUGAGACAUUCAAAACGAAAAUUAUUAAUGACUACUGAUAUAAACCAUGCAUUGAAAGUAUUGAAUAUUGAACCAUUGUAUGGUUAUGACAAUUCUCAACCUUUGGUGUUUAAAGAAGCUCUUGUGGGUGCUGGUGGUCAAACUUUAUAUUAUAUUGAUGAUAAUGAAGUUGAAUUUGAAAAAUUAAUUAAUCAAGAAUUACCAAAAGUACCAAGACAAGCGACGUUCACAGCCCAUUGGUUGGCAAUUGAAGGUGUUCAACCUAUGGUACCUCAAAAUCCCUUACCUUCUGAAAUUAAAAGUUUACCUCCUAUAAUAAGAGGUGCGACUUCAUCAAUGCUUGGUAAUGAUAUCUUAACUGAAGAUAGUAAAGAUUCGGAAGGAUCUAAAGAAAAGAAAGUAACUGAAAAGGAAUCACAAGUUAAACCAUUAGUAAAACAUGUAUUAUCAAAAGAAUUAAAAUUAUACUUUGAUAGAGUAGUAGAAUUAUUAAUUUCAACCGAUCCAGAAAAAGAUACUAUGAAGAAUUCAGCUUUGAAUUCAUUAAAGACUGAUCAUGGUUUACAUCAAUUAGUACCUUAUUUCAUCCAACUUGUGGCUGAACAAAUUACAAAUCAAUUAAGAAAUAUAGAAAUUUUAUCAACUAUGUUAGAGGUGAUAUCGGCUCUUAUGGGUAAUAGUACCAUUUUCUUGGAUCCAUACGUUCAUGCUUUAAUGCCAUGUGUAUUAACCUUAUUAUUGGCUAAAAGAAUAGGUCCUUCUUUAAAAGAUUUAAAUGAUCCUGAAACUCAAAGCUUAUUUCAGCAACAACUUGCAGUAAGACAAUUUGCUGCUAUCUUAUUAGAUCAUAUAAUUAGAUCAUACGGUUCUUCUUACUCAACCUUAAGACCAAGAGUUACUAGAACAUUAUUGAGAGCAUUAUUAGAUUCAUCUAAACCAAUCGGUACCCAUUUUGGGGCAUUAUUAGGUUUGAAAAUAAUGGGUCCAGAAGUUAUAAAGUUAGUAUUGGUUGGUAAUUUGAAAGUGUGGUGGAAACUGGUGGUUGAAGAUGGAACUAAAACAGAUUUUGAAAAAGAAAUCUUAUUGAAAGAGAUUUUAGAAAUUCUUAAAACAUUAGAAGUUCAAGAUGAUAUGGAAAUUGAUAGUGAGGUAAGUGAUGAACUUAAAGAGAAGUUAAAAGAUAGACUUGGUGAUAAAUUAAGUGAAGCUAUUCUUGAACAAGCUGAUGCUCAUGAAAUUGUUAAAGGUUUAUUUUUUGGAGAAAGUGCUGUGUAAUAUUAAUUCUAUAAAUGUUGAAAAAA